AUGAAGUGCCCCGCGUGCGGGUCGGAGUUUGCGCGGAUGCGCAUGAUCAAGGGAAAGCCCGCGCACAAGAUCGUCGGGGGGAAGCAACCAACGCAUACUGCUCUGGUCUGGUCAGUCACUGCAAGGCCUCUCCCCCCUCCCUGCCGCUGCUGCUGUCACCAUCCUCUCCCUUUCCUCCCUGCCACUCUUCCCUCUUCCCCCCAUCUCCCCUCCCAGCAACCAGCGCACUCCUCGCUGGUCCUCGGCCAGUCACUGCAAGGCUUCUCCCCCCUCCCUGCCGCUGCUGCUGUCACCAUCCUCUCCCUUUCCUCCCUGCCACUCUUCCCUCUUCCCCCCAUCUCCCCUCCCAGCAACCAGCGCACUCCUCGCUGGUCCUCGGCCACGCGUGGCAGCAGCAGCAGCAGCAGUUUUGGGCUUCAUUUUGGGUUGGGUGGGGCGUCACUUGGAAGCAGCAGCAGUGGCUUUGGUAGGGCAGGGAGGGGGGUGGUGGUGGAAGGAAGGAGAAGGCGCGUGCGGCGGUGGGUGGUUGUGCUGGCGGCAAUGGUGCUACUGGUAGUGCUAGCAGGUGCUGCAGCCAUGGGUGUGCGUCAUGCCGCCUCGUUAAUUCUCCACCGCGACAGCCUGAGUGGCACGAGUGGUCAAAGUGCAGUGGCGGGCAGAGCAGCACGAGUGGGAGGCGUGCAGGUGGAGGAGAGAGAGGGGGUAUG